AUGAACACUGUGAUGAUGACUCUAGGCGUCUUCAUUCCUUGUUAUGCCUCACAGCUCGAUUGCCAAUUGUGUCAGGAUCUGGCAUUUGCAUUGAGAGUUGCUACGAAGAUGGGCGUCGCGAAAUCGAUCGAUGAGAUAAUGGCGUAUAGAUGUUACAUGUACGAAAAGGGGAACGUGGAAGAGCGAUGCCAUGAAGUGGCGAGCACGUUGGAACAUGUCGGCAGAGAUGCUAAGAAGCGACUCAUUAAUGAAGAAAACAUUGAUAAAUGGAAGAGCGAAAAAACUCUAUGCAGAGAGUUCAUAAAACUAUGCCGUUAA